UAGCUAGCUAAUGGCGCCUAUCCACGGCAAGCAAACGCUGCUGGCGCUGGUGCUCGCGCUCGCGUUUGUCAGCGUCGUGGCGGCGCGAGGGGAAGCGCUGGCCGCCGCCCGGCACGAGCGGUGGAUGGCCAGGUACGGGCGCGUGUACGCGGACGCCGCCGAGAAGCUGCGCCGGCGGGAGGUGUUCGCGGCCAACGCGCGCCACAUCGACGCCGUCAACCGGGCGGGCAACCGGACCUACACGCUCGGGCUCAACCAGUUCUCCGACCUCACCAACGAGGAGUUCGCGGAGACGCACCUCGGGUACCGUCACCAGCCCGGCGGGCUCACGCCGGCGGCCGUGGUGAACGUGUCCAUGGCUCAGCUGCAGUCCACGCCGAACAGCGUGGACUGGAGGGCCCGGGGCGCCGUCACCCCAGUCAAGUACCAAGGUCACUGCGGGAGCUGCUGGGCGUUCGCGGCGGUGGCGGCGACGGAGGGGCUGGUGCAGAUCGCCACCGGCAACCUCAUCUCCAUGUCAGAGCAGCAGGUGCUCGACUGCACGGGCGGCGCCAACAGCUGCAAGAGUGGCUUCGUCAACGCAGCCCUAACCUACAUCACCGCCAGCGGCGGCCUGCAGACGGAGGCAGCCUACACGUACAACGCCAAGCAGGGCGCGUGCCGCAGCGGCGGCCUCAGCCCAAACCCGGCCGCCUCCGUCGGCGUCCACCGGUCCGUGACACUGCACGGCGACGAGGGCGCGUUGCAGGUGCUCGUGGCCAGCCAGCCGGUGGCCGUGGCCGUGGAGGCCGACGCUGACUUCCACCACUACAGGAGCGGCGUGUACGUGGGCAGCCCGUCGUGCGGGCGGAACCUGCACCACGCCGUCACGGUGGUGGGCUACGGGACGGAGGCUGGCGGGCAGGAGUACUGGGUGGUGAAGAACCAAUGGGGGGCUGGGUGGGGCGAGGGGGGCUACAUGCGCCUCACGCGCGGGAGCGGCAACAACUGCGGCAUUGCCACCUUCGCCCGCUACCCCACCAUGGACAGCUCUUAAAAACCAGUACAACUACAUCAGUCCAUGCAUGAUGCAUCGUCGAGUACUAUGGUUUAUCAACUAAGAUUGACGUAUAGUACCAUACGUACGACUGCAGUACACGACGUAUAUAUGAAUUUGUUUUUCAAAUAAAGCAUGGAUCUUCGUAGAAAGUACAGUAGAAACGAUCCAUUUGCCCAUGUAAUAGCAGCAUAAGAUUGUAAUCUUGUGUAUAUGAAAAUGAACACUAGUACCUCAUCA